UAUACACGUGCAUGAAAAUACAAAUGUGAUUUUUAGUGAAAAAUAUAAAAAUUUAGGCAAAAUGACUCUUGCUCAAAAGUCUCCUAAUGUUAAAAAAUUCAACAAUAAAAGUGGUAAUAAGAAAAAACGUGGCAUUGCCAAAAAUUUUGCUGAAAAUCUUGAAGGUGGACACGAACUUUGGUUCGAAGAGGUACCAGAGCUUGAGUAUGAUAACACAAAUGUCGAGCUGAAAGUUGAGGAGUUGAAUAAUUUAAAUAAAGAAGCCAAGAAAUGUUUUGAUGCUUACCUUCUGCAGAGGACUAGAAAAACAACCUCUCAAGACAGCUGGUUGAAAACAGCAGUUUCAAAAGGUACCUCCAAAGAUCGAGCAACUGCAGGAGCACUAUUAGUGGAAUCAGAUCCAAUAUCAAAUCUAUCGGCAUUGAAUGCUCUUAUUGGACAAUGCAAAGCAGCCAACAAAGAAUGUUUAGAAGUCAUAGAUACAUUGACAGAUUUAUUUUUAAAUUCUUUAUUGCCGAAAGAUCGAAAAUUAAAACCUUUGUCUGCAAGGGCUGCUGAAUUCAGAGCUCUUAAUGCUAAAACGAAAGAACUUGGUCCUGAUGGUAGGAGUAAAAUUUUGGCUUAUUGGCAUUUUGAAGCUGAAUUAAAGGACUCUAUGAUAAGCUUUGUUAGAAAUUUACAAUCAAGUGCUGGUCUUGGUUUAGAAGUAACAAAAUCUCGUGUAAUAUCUUGUGCAGCCAGAUUAUUAGAAAAUACUCCUGAACAAGAGCAGGCACUUCUUAGUCUUCUUAUCAAUAAACUUGGUGACCCAUCAAAUAAAGUAGCAUCAAAAACGAUAUACCAUUUAAAAGCAAUAGCUCAUAGGCAUCCUAAUAUGUGUACAGUUAUUGUUAAAGAAACUGAAAAGUUAUUAUUCAGAAAUAAUUUACCUCGGAAAGCACAGCAUUAUGCCCUUUGCUUCUUGGGUCAAAUAGGAAAUUAUAUAAAUAGCGAAGUUGCAGAACGAAUGGUUAGGAUAUGCAUAGCAUUUUUUAAAGCCUGCGUAAAUAAGGGAGAAGUUGAAACCCGGACAAUGUCAACAAUAUUACAAUGUGUGCGACAAGUUAUAACUAAAGUUGAAGCACAGGAAGGAGUACCUGUGAUUCCAAAGGAUUUACAAGAGACAAUGUUUAGGAUAAUAUAUGCAACAAAUUUUAAAAUUUCAAUACAAGCCUUAGGACUAAUUAUGCAAAUUGAGCAGGGAUCGAAACAUCUUAGUGAUAAAUUUUUUUCUGCAUUAUAUAAACGACUGCAGGACCCCCAAUUAUAUAAUGUCACUUCCUCGACAAUGGCUAUGUGCUUAAAUAUUAUUUAUAGGGCUCUGCUCGCCGAUCAUAUAAUGAUCCGAAGCAUUGCGUUUAUUAAGCGAUUAUUACAGAUUUCUUUCUAUAUGCCAGUGCCAUACGCUUGUGGUUUUCUCAUAGUAAUAUCAAAAGUUCUUCAAACUCGUAAAGGGCUCUUUGAAAAAGUUUUGAAACCUGUAGAACCAGAAACAAUCAAAAUAUCUAAAAAGACUAUCUCUAAAAAUUGGAUGGACGAAGAAGAAGACGGCGAUGAAGUGUACAAAGAUGUGGAAUAUGAUUUCGAGAAGGCAGAAAUUAAAAAAGAAACUGAUAGUACAAAGAAGAAUGGUAAAAGUGAAUCAUCUUGGGUACAUGUAGAUAAUAAAAUAGACACAAAUGUAAAUGUUGUGGGAAUGGAUGAGGAUGAACCAAAACCAGAUGUUGCCAAUCCAGCUAUGGAUGAUAAGGAUGUGGUUGUGAAAGUUAAAAAGGAAACUGUUUUUUAUGAUCCUUAUAAUAGAAAUCCUUUACAUGCCGGUGCUAACUUGUCCUUGUAUGUGGAAUUAUUGAAACUUAAAGAUCACUUUCAUCCGACGGUACAGUUGUUUGCUGAGAACAUUUUUGUAGGUACUAAAAUUGAUUACGAUGGAGAUCCAUUGGUGGACUUCACGUGCAAACGAUUUUUGGAAAGAUUCUCAUUCAAGAAUCCAAAGAAAGUCGAUCUUCUCAAUAAAACUCUGUCUAAAAAACUCAAACUAAGCAAAGGAUCCAGAGGACGAGAUGUCAGAUUAUUAAAUGAAUUCAAUGUUACAGAAGAUGAACGAUUCAUAUUUGAAUAUUUAGAAAAGCAAAGAGAAAUGAAGAAUGCAACCAGAGGCUUCAGAGAUGACGAGUCAGAGUCUGAUGAUGAAUCUGUUGAUGAUGAUGAGUUUGAUGAUUAUCUGGACAAGAUUGCUGGAGCAGAUAAAGACGACCUAAAUUACAUGGAAGAACUAGGCAGCAAUUUAAGAAAUCCUAAGAACAAAGGCAAACAAGGCGAAUCUGACUCUGAUGAUGGUGAUGAUGAUGAUGACCUGGCUGGAGAUCAAGAUGAAAAUAACGAUGAAGAUAAUGAUGGUUUCGAUGAUAACGAUGACGAUCUUGAAGAAUUUGAUGAGGAUGAUGAUGAAGAAAUGGAACAAAGUGCGGGCGAUGAAACUCUUGGCGGAAAUGAUAAUUUCUCAGACUUGGGCAGCGAUGACGAAGAUUUGCUCAACGAUUUAGGUGAUGAUGACGAUUUGUCCGAUUUAGAAUUCUCUGAUGAUGAACCUCCAACAAAGAAGAAAAAAGGUGGCAAGAAAAAGAAUGGUAAAGAAGAUAUUGCGUCGUUGUUUGCGAAUGCUGAUGACUUUGCCCAUUUACUUGAUGAAGCUGGUGCAUCCAAACAAAAGUUGGGUACAUCAUCUGCAGUUUUGAAUAAAGAUAAAUCAUCAGACAAACAAUUGAAAUGGGAAGAGAAGCGUAGGCAAAAUUUCAAAGGUUUUGGAGGCAGUGGGAAGAAAUUUGGAGGAAAAAAGGGCAAAAAGCGUCACUAAUCCGUGAGCAAAAUUCGAUAUCAUCUCUGAUUCUUUUCUGUCUUGUGUAUAGUCCCUUAUUUUGUUAUUGAUAUA